AUGCGUUCCAACAGCAUCUCGUCCAUCUCCUCCGUCUCCUCGCGUGCCUCAUCUGCUGAGCCGGAGCCGACGAUGCAGAUCUUCGUGAAGGACGCCUCAUCGAACACCUUCCCCAUCACCAUCCCCGAGUCCACCACCGUCGGCACGCUCCGCUCGCUCGUAGCCCUGCGAACCAACAUGCCCGAGUCCGACCUCCGCCUCGUCCACGCCGGCAAGCAUCUCGCACCCUCAGAACCUCUCGCCACCUACAACAUCACGCGAGAAAGCACUCUCCACGUCGCCCUUCCGCUCCGUGGCGGCGCCCCGAAGAAGAUCCGCUGCAACUUCAAAGACUGCAAGGACGCAGCGCAGCGCAUCGUCGGCGACUGCGGCUUCUGCAGCGGCCACUUCUGCGGCAAGCACCGCAUGCUCGAGUCGCACAACUGCAGCGGUCUCGAGGACUGCAAGCAAGAGGAGAAGGAGCGCAACCGCGAGAAGCUCGAGAGCGAGCGCACCGUCGCCAUCAAGGGGAUCUAG